AUUUCUGCAGUAAUACAGAGCGCAGUUAUUCUUAAAACUUAAAUAUGUAAAAUUAAAUAGCUGAGAUAUGUAGCUCAGAGUUUCUAUCUGUUUAUUUUCUGUGUUUAUUUACCUGUUUUGCUUAUAAUCAACCAAAUAAAUGAUGGGAAUCCCGGCUCUGAGAGUUCCCCAGCGGUUCGCUCAGCUGUACAGGAAACAUCUGCUGGAACAGGGGGUUCUGGACCUGCAGUAUUCUGUACAGAAACACUGUAAUGGAUCAGUGACUUUACCAGUCCUGCCCUCCGCUGUGCCCAGUCUGGACCUGCCCUCCCUGCAGAGCCAUGUGGCAGAAGAUACUCACAGCUACUGUGAGAUCAUUCAAAUACAGGCUCCUCAGCUGUCUAAAAAAGGGAAAGUGAAAUCUAGUCAGCAGAGAAUAAAACAGGCUCUUCAGACUCUGAUGAUUAAUAAAGGAGAAAUCUGGAGAGCAGAACUGGAUGAUGAUCUUCCCAGAGGAUGGAGGAGGCAUGGAGAUCUGGUUCUGUUUGGUGAAGGAUGUUUUACACAGCCGGUCUGGAGAGAGAUUGGAUCUGAGCUGUGGGAGGCAGUAGCUCUUGCACUGGGAGUGAAGCGUCUCGCGAAGAUUAAACAGAUUUCCCAGGAUGGGUUCAGAACACCUGUAGUGACCAUGCUGCUGGGGGACAACAGCUACGUAACGCACAUCGACAAUCAUAUCAGGUAUGAGUUUGACGUCACCAGGUGCAUGUUCUCAUUUGGAAACAUCACAGAGAAGCUGAGGAUCUCCUCGUUUAGCUGCGCUGGAGAGACGGUGGUUGACCUGUACGCAGGGAUUGGGUACUUUACCCUGCCGUACCUGGUACACGCGGGCGCCGCCCACGUUCAUGCCUGUGAGUGGAACCUGGAUGCAGUAGCAGCCCUGAAGAGAAAUCUGCAGCUUAAUAAAGUAGCAGAUCGAUGCACUGUGCAUCCGGGAGACAACAGACGACUCUCUCUGAGUGACCUGGCUGACCGGGUGAACCUGGGCCUGAUCCCGAGCUCGGAGCAGGGCUGGCCGGUGGCGUGCCGCCUGCUGAGGAGGGAUGUUGGUGGGAUGCUGCACAUUCACCAGAAUGUGACGACGCCUCUCCGUCAUCAGCAUCAGCAGCCCGGGGAGACUCCUGACUCACAGAGGACAUCUGCCUCUGAGGAUGAGCACGAGGGAGUGAUGAGCGCAUGUGUAAUGAGCACGAGUGACCGAGAAACGUGGGACGCCUGGGCCAGAGACACUGCAGGACGCAUUGGCGCACUGUUAAAGGACAUCACUUCCUGCAGCUGGAGGACCAGCAUUAAACAUAUAGAGCAUGUGAAGUCCUACGCACCUCAUAUAAACCACAUAGUGCUGGAUUUAGAGUGUAGACCAAUUAAAUAGUUAAUAAAUUUAAUUAAUAGUUAAAUAAAACAGAGUAAGUGCAUUUGUCUGUAUCUGUGUGUAAAUAAAUAGUUUUAUUAUUAAAGAUGUUGUUUUUA